GAAGUCUGUUCACAUGUGGUAAUAACGUUCAGAAAUGCAAUAAAUAAUAAAUAUAAGAUGGUCGGUAGUAGAAAAACCACAAGGCUUCGAAAUAUUGCAGAGCGGUUCAUUAAUAUAGAAAAUCUAGUUUCUGUGUUGACCGAGCCUGGAAUCGAACACGGGACCUCCAUGAAAGCCGGUGCGCAAGCCACUCUACCACGGAGUCGGUCGUCAAAAUGAAUUUCUGCUUGGGUAGAUUGCAUGUAAAACAUACUAUUUCGCGAAACAACAGUGUUCUAGAUAAUAAAACCUUGUCAGUUAAACUGUCAGGAGCUGUCAGUGUAAGUGACCCGCAUAUUUUAAUCCACAGCAAUAUAUAAAAAAAACACGAAUAAUAAAAUUGUCGUAAAAUUCCACGAGAUAUCGCGUCUGUUAUAUACUUUUUAAACACAAGUAUCUCUUGUAAACAUUAUUAUCAUUGGAUGAUAGGAGCAUUCUGUUGGAGCGUUCUUCUAGGUUCAGACGUGUUGGUGUUAUUGUGAACUUGCUGUGGAUUUGUUACAAAAAUGCGGUUCCACGGCGCGAGGCGCGGCGGCCGCCGUCUCGCCUCUGUUUGUAACUGAUUCCAUCACAGAUGUGCUUGGCUUGCGUACAGCAACGCACGCGUAUCGCUAACAAACGUUUUUUUACAAGUGUUUUUACUAGUGCACAGCUGAUCGGACAAUAACACUGCCGUUUUUCUACGCCGAGAUAACUGGUUUGAGACGUAAUCGAAAACUUGAAAUGUUACCAACUGCGAAACUUUAAUUCUUCAUGUCAAGAAGAGAUACAUCGUUUGAACGUCAAACGAGCUACAAACUAAAAAGUGGUUUUUUUAUAGGUGUGAAAUCGAGGACUAGCCGGUCCUUGAUGUACUCGACAAGCUACAAUCCUUACGCUCUCACACUUUGCAUUUCAAAAAGGCCCUGUCGCUAUUCAGCUAGAGAUCCCAGGUUAAGACAUUGGUCAAAACAGUUUAUUAUUUCGACGUAAAGUGUUUUUCGUCGUUGGAUUUUAUCCAAUUUGGUAGUAACCUUAGCGUUCGUUAGAGAACGAGACAGAAAUUUUAAGUACGUUCUGCGCAUCGUACUUGAGAAAGCGCGCUCUAGAGACUAAUGGACACGGAAAGAGCGCGCACCAAUGGAAUUUCGAGUUAUGAGAAAUUUCUUAAGCAUGAACAGAAAGUACCGUCUGAAGAGGAGAAGAUUGCGUCUCCGCUCUUGUAUAACACUUGUGACAUCAAGUACAUAGAUGCACAUGAGGAUAAUGAAAGUAAAGUGGCGAUAAAAUCUGAAAAUGAUCUCAAUACAGUAAAUUCAAUGAAAACGGAUUGUGCUAAUGUUGGAAAUAACCUUAUUGUUUCCUAUCAUAAAGAUGGAAAAGGCGAUGAAGAUGCGCAUUCCACAAAUGAAGGAGUUAAGUUUUUGGGUUUGGGAGAUGCUGACAGUAUCUGCUCCAGCAGACCGCCACCAGAACAAGCGCCUCAGAUACCUGACGGUGGGUGGGGAUGGGUGGUCGUAGCUGCCUCGUUUCUCAUCGCGACAGUGGCUGAUGGUCUUGCUUUUUCAUAUGGUUUACUACAACAAAGGUUUGUAAUCCACUUUCACGCCAGUCAAGCAAAAGCUUCAUUGAUCGGGAGUCUUUUUAUUUCCGUUCCACUCAUUGCAGGACCUAUAAUGAGUGCGCUUGUGGACAGAUAUGGAUGCAAAAAGAUGACAAUAGUUGGAGCUGUAAGCUCCACAGUAGGAUUUGUUGCUGCAGCAUACAGUAACUCAAUCGAAGUAUUGUACGUUACUUAUGGAAUGAUAGCUGGCUUAGGAAUGGGUUUAUUGUAUGUCACAGCUGUGGUCUGCAUUGCAUAUUGGUUUGAGAAGCGACGUAAUUUAGCUGUAGGGUUGGGAUCUUGUGGAGUUGGUUUUGGUACGUUCAUCUACUCGCCAUUGACAACAUAUCUGCUGGACGAAUUUGGUUGGAGAGGUGCCUUAUUACUUUUAGGUGGCACGGUACUUAAUGUAUGCAUCUGUGGAGCCGUUAUGAGAGACCCUGAGUGGCUAAUUCAAGAACAAAAGAAACAAAGAAUAUUGAAUAAAUCUAAACGAGCUUCUAGUUAUGCAUCAAUAUCAGCUAAGUCAGGUGGUGGAGAAUCUGUAUAUCCAGGAGCAGAAGAGUUAAAGUCAUUAAUGAAAAGUGGCGAAACACCUGAGUACAUUUUGACAACGUUAGUAGCAUCUAUAGCUAAAGCUGAAGAUCUGGAAGCUGCAACUAAAAUGAAUGCAGAUAUAACUCAACAGAAUAAAGUUAGCUCCGUUAUUAAUCUUCCCACAUUUUUAAAACAAAGUGAAAAGGUACCGGCAGAAGUUUUAGACCAGUUGAUGGCAAAUAAACGUAUUUACAACAUUGUUCUACAAAACUAUCCAUCGCUACUAGCAUUGAGAAGCAAUUCCGAGCAAAAAUUGCCAACAGAACCAGUGCCUGAAGUUCCUAAAGGGAAACCCAUUACUAUGUCAAUGAAAUUAAAACUGAAUAAAAAACAGAAGAAGAAAGAGUUCGAGGCUAAAAUUGAUCAGGUUAGAGAGAAACUGCUUGCUCCGGUACCAGAAGAUAAACCGGCAGUUAUUGUUUCAAAUCGUCAAGACUGGCUGACACGACAGUUUACUGAUCAUCACUAUUUACGAGAUAUCCGAGUACAUAGGAACUCUAUUAUGCAUCGUGGUGCUAUGAUGAACAUCGCGAAGUAUAAGCUUCGAGCGUCUUCUUGUCCCGAUAUUUAUAGAAAUUCUAUGUGGUCAAUGGAAGAUCAAGAAGAAAAGACUUGGGGUAGACGUCUCCUUAGUAUGAUAAAUAAAACAUUCGACUUUAACAUGUUCACCGAAUUUCACUUCCUGAUGAUGAAUUUGUCUACGCUUGUGUUGUUUAUCUGGUUCAUCGUGCCUUACUUCUACAUAUCGGACUUUAUGUCCGACAAUAAUUACACAGAGGCCCAAGGCUCCGCGAUGUUGAGUAUCUUUGGGGUUGCCACUAUUAUUGGCAUUGUGGGCCUUGGAUGGAUGGGUGAUCUACCUUGGGUGAAUGUGACAAAAACCUACGCAGUAUGCCUCAUAUUAUGUGGAGUGUCCAUCAUACUAUUUCCUAUCCUAAUGCAUAUGCUGGACUCAUCACAAGACUACAGUUUUUACAUCUUAGCUGCGAAUGCUGUUGUAUUUGGACUUAUGUUUUCAAGUUCCUACUCCUACACUCCAAGCAUUCUUGUGGAAUUAAUAGCUCUCGAGCGAUUUACUAUGGCUUAUGGACUCGUGCUGCUGAGUCAGGGUCUUGGUCAUCUAAUCGGUCCGCCUAUGGCUGGCGCACUAAAGGAUAGUACUGGAUAUUGGGACGCUGCGUUCUACGUGUCUGGCAUCUGGGUGGUGGUCUCCGGCCUUCUCGUAGGCGUCAUACCAUACACAAAGAACUUCCGAAUGUGCGGCAGUGCACCCCUGGCUAAAGACGCCGCUGGUGAACCUGACCCUAGUGUUAAAAUAAUUAUUGCCCAUUAAUUAAAAUUUUCUGACAUUACUUUAAUUACGUAAUUAAAAUUUCGAUCGCACACGUUUAAAACCAUAAUUAUAUAACUUCUUUAAAAUAGCAAGUUUAUUAUUUCAUAUUCAUUGUUUACUUUUUUGUAUGUUUUUUGAGUGUAAUAAAAUAAAAAUAAAUCGUAGUUUGAAUAUUAUUAAAUAGUUAUAUAGGUACUGUAGUUAUUUUAUUCGUCACAAUGACAUUUCUACAUUGUACUUCUGUAAUCAGAAUAUUAUAUGUACAAUGCUGAUUAGUGUGUAAUCAAGUUUUUGAGACAUCUUUGCCUAUUUUGAGGUACAAUCUAUAGAUUUUUUAAUGUGUGAUUCAUAAAAUUAGAUUGCGAAUGUAUUCGUAUUUAUAACUAUAAAGGUAUACUUCUUUUUAAAUAUUUAUUGUUGUAUUUACUUCCCAAGGAAGGCUCUAUAUUUCGAUAUAAUCAAUUGUAUUCUUUUUGUCUACUAGUGAGUCCAUUGAUAAGACGGCGUUGUUGGUUAAUUGGCACAUCGCAUAAGUAUCCAUGAUAUAAAUUUUCUUUAAAAAGAAAGACCCUUUGUAAUGGGUUAAUAGAUAUUGUACCGCUUCUAAUUUAAUUGUGGUUUAUGCUGUCGUCAUUAGUUGAAAGGGUGCUUGUGAUAAAACUCAAAACCGACAAAACAAUAUUUAAAGAAAUGAAACUAAAAAAAAAUGUACUUUUCUCUUGUGGUAACUUCAUACCUUAUCCACCUAGGAUAAAAUAAAAAUAGUGACACAUCGGCCUUUUUUUUAUUGAUCACGGCAAUAUACAUAACAAUUUAAAAAAAUUGUUACAUGUGCCCUUUCAAUUAAUGGCGGCAGUAUGGGUAGCGAAUUGACUGUGCGAGAAAGUUUUCACGGAGUGCGUUUUGCAUGAAAGACAUACGUGCCACUUUGGACAGCGAUAUGAUAAUGAAUUUAUUUUUAUACAGGAAAAGUAUUGUAGAAAAUAAGUUUGUUGAAUCUACUUACUUAAAGUUAUAUAGGUAAUAAAUAAUAAAAUGUAUAUUUAACGA